AUGGAACCCAGCCGGUGUGACAGCAAGAACUCUUCGCCACCGGCGGUCAGCCCGUGGAGCUGCUUCAAUUGCCGCCGCCGCAAGUAUCGGUGCAAUAGAUGCCGCCCUUGUAUGCAUUGUACCAAGUCCGGCCUCCAAUGUACGUAUCCAGUCUCCGGCCGCAUGCCAACAAGGCAGCACGGGCUUCCAGGCGCUGCAGCUGCGCCAUCUCUGGAGGGCAGGAAAGAGUUGCUUGCUCGGCUGCGGCACCUGGAACAGUUUGUAGAGGAGGCCAGCACCCAUCGAGACGCACCACGAAGGCCAGACAAUCCUACCCAGUCAUGUUCUUGUACAUGUCAUGGCACCCAUCAAACAGCGGGCGGAAAUCCUACGGAAGAGAACAUGUCCGGUGAUUUUGGGAAGCUCUAUAUUGACAAGACGGGAUGUAUCUACGUGGGAAACGAGUUUUGGGCUUUGCUCAACCAUCAGAUUAAAAAUAUGAGAGAUGUUCUUGACAACGAAAAUGUACAAGACACGAUGCACCUCGAUCACACAAGCCGCACGCCAUUCUUCUCUGGCAUGCAGACGGGAGGCAGUGACACAGUCCGCCAACCUCUCCCCUCCCAAGUGCCGUAUCUGUGGCAGGUUUACGUAGAUAACGUGGACCCGUUCAUCAAAAUCUUACAUGUUCCUAGCAUGGGGAAAGUCAUCAAGCAGGCAAAGGGGAAGUUUGAUUCUCUGUCCGAGGGCCUUCGUGCUCUGAUGUACGCUAUAUCUCUCGCCGCCAUCACUUCUCUGGAUGAGAUUGAAGUGCAAGAAAAUUUCGACGAAAGCAAAGAGUCCAUGACGACUUGGUUAUUAAGCAAUACCGAAAGAGCUUUGUCGGAUGCAGGCGUCCUAGAAACUACUGACAUCCAUGUCAUACAAGCCUUUUUUAUCUACCUGGAGAUGGCCGGGCAAUAUUACGGUUCUCGGUCUACAUGGACUAUGACCGGCGUUUUGAUUAGGACCUCCAUGUCCCUCGGUCUUCAUCGCGAUGGCUCCAACUUUGCUAAUGUAUCACACUUCGACACCGAGAUGCGACGGCGCCUAUGGUGGCACAUUUGCUUCCUCGAUCACCGUGUAGGCGAAUGUGACGUGCCUCAAUUGGCACUCGGCCCCAGAAUGUUUGAUACUCGGGAGCCUUGCAACAUCAACGAUGAAGAUAUUAGCCCGGAUAUGACGGGGGCCCCCGUCCCAAGAGAAGGCUUCACUGAGACGAGCUAUGCGCUCGCUUUGUGUGAUUUAUGGCGUCUGGGUCGAAAGAUACACGGCCUGGUCUUCUUACUUAUGAAUCCUGGAGAGAAGCGAGAUAAAUUGCAGACGGACGCUUUGGAGGCAACGGAGAAGUUGAAACGGCAGAUCCUUCAGCAGACAUUUCGAACUUCCAAGCCCGAAACAGACCUUCUAGCUUUCAUGAAGUACCGAGUGAAUGCCUUGGUUGACCAGAUGGAGCUCAUCAUUCGCCACGUGCACCUGUUCCAUUUAUCAAGUCUCGCGGAGGCUGAACCGUUCAGGCAGCAGUCAUACGAGGUUUCAAUCAAGUGCAUCGAGGAUUUCAACAAGUGGAGGCUUCACCCUUCCACAAGUCAGUGGAGUUGGCACCUCUUCAAUCACAACUAUUGGCACGCUGUCUGCAUCGUCUUUGCCCAGUUACGCCUUGACAAAGCCUGGGAUUCCACUUCGGAAAAUGCGUGGAAUGCAGCGAUGAAACUAAUGCAAGAUACCCCGGCGCCCAUGAUGCUGAAGAACCCAUUGAGGCAAUCUGUUUGUCUCUUGGUCCAGGAAGCAUGGAAACGAAGAGAGCAUGCGGUUUCCAAGGGAAAACCCACACCUAGUAGUGAACCGAACUUGUCGGUUGAUGCCAGCGUGAUGGCUCCUCCGUUGCAUAUAAGCGAGAGAUUCAACCCCGAAGAUGUUACAUGGGCAUGGAUAUCCAACGAAUACCCUCAUCCGGCACCAUUUGAUGCACCCCCUUGGGUAGUAGAUCCGGCCGGCACCAGUCAGAGCUUUCUAUGUGAACCAAAUAACCAUGAAGAGCAGUCUAUAUGGCCCGACUCUGACUCGUUUGAUAUUUUUCAGGAGCUUGAGCCGUUUAGUUGGACUGAUGAACAGGACUGCGGAACCUUGCCGACUGACUCGGUUUGA